AUGGUCGCCAACGUCUUUGCUCGCUCUGCCCUCCGUUCCCGCGUCGCCUCUCGUCAGGUCAUGCGUUCUGACUUGUACCACUUCUCCAACAGCAACGGUCAGAACAUUCCUUUCGAUACCAAGAACAGAGCCGCUCUUGCUGUCAAGAUGACCCUCUAUCUUGGUCUUGGUUUCGGUGCUCCCUUCAUCGCUGCUGCCUGGCAAUUCCACAAGGCUGGUUAA